GGUGGAAACAACAUUGUUGGAGAAAAAGCAGCUCCCAACGCCGCCUCGUAGUUUUCUGAUAGCGUUUCUCUUUCCUCUCUUUCUGUCUCUGCGAAGUGCAAACCACAAAAGCCCUUCUUAAUUCUCCACUCAAAUCCACACCAUGAUCUACAGAUAGCAUCACCAAAGAAAACCCUUUUUUCUCAGGACACCAACGAAGGAAUAAAGUUCAAUUUUUUUGAAAUUGGGGUAUGGAGAGUAGCAGUGGGAGAGAGAGCAACAGUGGGCGUGUGCCACUUUCUGGGGUGGUUGCAGAUUGUGUGAAGCGGUGGUUCAAAGACACUCUGAAAGAGGCUAAGGCUGGUGACAUCAACAUGCAGGUGCUGGUGGGACAGAUGUAUUUUAGUGGCUAUGGUGUUCCCAGAGAUGCCCAAAAGGGAAGAAUUUGGCUGACUAAAGCAUCGAGGAUUAGGUCUUCAGUUUGGAAAGUUGGUGACAAACGUCCAGGUUAUAAUGCCAGUGAUUCUGAUUCUGACGAGUUGAAGGAAGACUCUUAAGCAAACUAAAGUUAAUUUGAUACCCAAAAUUCUGACAGGUGAGUUUAUCCUAUAUCUGAACACUUUUGUGUUGUUAUUGGUACCAUACUCUUUUUGUGCUACAUUUGUUAUCUAAUACAAAAACUUGAGGCUUGAGCUGAGAUGUUUGGAUUUUUUCUACAUACUUAGAGUAGAGUGUUGUGUUUUGCAUCAGGUAACUUGAAUAUAUUUCUGGCUUGGGACUGUUAUGCCCUAUUUUCUUGUUAGUUGUACACUUGUAUUUGUGUUAUACUUUGAGAAUGAUGGGUUUAACGUAUCAAUUCAAUGAUGAUUCCAGUUCCAGUUCCCGUUCCCCAUAUCUGCAUUGUUAUGCUUGUAAAAUGAGAUAUAAUUAAUCACAUUAAAAUAAAAAAGAAUGAAACAUCAUAAACACUGUCAAUAUGCUAAACUAAUACUAAUUGCUAUGUAUCUAAUUUGAUUGUUGUGAACAUUCUUUUGGGAAAUAGCUUUCAAUAUAUGGUUUAAGUGGUUGAGUUUGGUUAUAACACUAUUUUUUAACCUUGAAGUUUGAUAGUGUUUCUGAGGAUGUCUGCUGAAAGCUUUUAAGUUAGGUCAUUAGCUAUGUCUGGGAUGGGGAGCUUGUGGAUUUUGGGUUAACACACAAAGUGAGUAGACAGCAAUGGAGAACAACAUUGCCUCGUUGGCCUUCAAUGUUGAUAAAAUUUAAGCCAUGCCAGUUUCACCAUGUUUAAAUAGACCAAUGCAUGGUAUGGCAAAGUCUGUGCGGUUUGAAACAGCAAAACAACAGUAGAUAAAAUCAAUUCUUCUAUUUUGUAAGUCCACAUAUUACAACAAAAUAUGUAAAGAAUCAAUGGUGAUUCUACCAUUUGGAAAUGCAGUAUACUGAUAUGAAAGUAAAUAGUAUAGUACAAUGGAAACAGAUGUGGUCCAACACAUAGGAUAACAGCCCUAAGCCUUUGUUCCAUAAUCCAUCAUUUUCAACAAUAAUUAUUUCCUGAAGUGAGACAAUGCAUUUGUUGGAAGGGUUAACUGCCAUGUCUUUGCAUUAUAGUGCUUCACAUUCAUAACUAACCAUUAUUGAUUGACAAAUUAAACUGCCCUUUCUUAUGGAUUGAUAGUGUUCCUUUGUUUUGUAGGUGUGUCCAGCGUCCUGCUUCUUCAUAACCAUCAUGUUAUUGUAACUUCCAUUUUUCAUUUGCUUUCUUAUAUGUGUAUGAUUUGCUACGCCAAUUUUUUAAAC